GAUGAGGUUGAGAAGUUGAUUAGGUGGGCCAAGGACGCUGCUCGCCUGGAUCCUUCUCCGCCCUCCGAUGAAGAUGAAGAUGAAUACGACUAUGAAGAUUUUGAUCGUCCUCGUCGUACAUAGUUUGUAUUUUUGCUGUCAGAAUUACGCUUGUUUUCUAUGUUUUCUGGUUCUUUGGAAUAAAAGAGGUCUCGGGUGCAGAAAUUUAAUAAAAGACGAGCUGAGCCGAAGAAAACACAAUUUUUAAGGAAUUGUGUAUAUAUGGCCGCGUCUAGAUACCACUUGGCCGCGGCUAGAUCUCGACACUAUGGAAUGGUACAGUCGUCGCGGCGAUGGGGAGUCUCGCCGCGGCCAUUUAAGAGAUACAGAAAGGCCUGAUUUUUGCAAUUAUCUCGCCGUCGAGAGGAAGCUUGGCCGCAGCGAGAUCCCGUACGGACCAGGGGCAUUUUCGUCUAUCGAACUCUAAAUUUUAGUUAUAAAUAGAAAACUGCGAUUGGAAGUCAGGGGGAGCGAUCAGAAACCCUAAAAUACAGCUGAGAGCGGCAGGAAGAGCACAGAGAUUCAAAGUGAAGAUCCAGAAUUCAUCCACCAACAGUUCUUUUCUUUAUUCCUCGUUAAUUUCUUUAUGUUGAAUAUUGCUUUAGGAAUGGUUAUGGAUUUGUUUCUGAACUAAAUUUCCCAUUUAGGGAGGAUGAUGAUUGUUGUUUAAUGUUUUGCCUAGUUAAUGUUUAAUUACCAUUCCUCAAUUCUUGUUUGUGAAAUUAUCUUAAUUUGUGUUUAAUUUCAUGUUUAAGAUUGAUCACCUUGUGCAUGCUUUAUGAUCUCAAUUCGAAAUCUGAAAAGUGAGAAUUGAGAAUGCUAAGAUUAAGAUAAUCGAUGUUCUAUGUGAAACGAAAGUAUUCACAUGACUUAUGUGACGAGUAGAUUAUUACUUAAUGCUGAUUUCAUGUUAGUUUAAUUAAGGAAUUAAUUAAAUAACAUGUGAUUUAGAAUCUAGAAGAUCUGAAAGGAGCUAGGUUACUUCAUAAUCUGUCAUUCACUUCAAGAAUAGGAUAGUAAUUAAGCAUUAACGAUUUGGGUAAACAACAACAGGAUUCUCCUCCCUAUUAUCUCAUCUUGCUCAACUUUCAAUCGUGUUAUUAAGUUUUCUGAAUUACUUUCAUACUUUACUGUUUUUAAAUCAUAACUACUUUUGAUUUGCCGAAUAGAAUUAUAAGUAUAGUUUAGUGGUAUUUAAUCCAAUUCCCUGUGGGAUCGACCUCACCUGUGUGAGAUUUACUACUUGAUUGCGUAUAGUUGCGUAGUGCUUAUAAAUUAUAGCAACAAGUUUUUGGCGCCGUUGCCGGGGCAUUGUUUAAAGAUUAAUAUUACAUAAAAUUAUACUAACUUCUACUUUGGUAUAUUUUCCCUUGCUAAUUUUUCUAACCUUUUUCUUGCAAUAUUUUCUUGAUCUAUUUCAAGAAUCCUAAGUGUAUGCGCCGUCAAGGACAAGCAGUCAUAUUACCAGUUGAUCCUGAAAUCGAGAAAACUUGCAGGAGGAAUCGAAAGAACAAGAGGCAAGAAAGAGUUUCAGCAACUGCUGAAACAUCAGAAAUCAUGGCUGCCAAUGUGAACAAUAAUGCUGGAAACAAUGGGGGUAAUAACGGUAAUAAUGGAGGUGCCGUGGAAGAUCAAGCUAAUGGCCGUAGCUUGAGAGAUUACAUUCUCCCUACUCUGACGGGAGUGCAGUCAUGUAUCAGGCCACCGGCAGUGGAUGCAAACAACUUCGAGAUUAAACCUGCCAUCCUUCAAAUGGUGCAGUCCUCAGUCCAGUUUGGUGGCCUCCCUUCUGAAGAUCCUAAUCUUCAUCUCUCUAACUUCAUGGAACUUUGUGAAACUUUUAAAGUUAAUGGAGUUAGCGAUGAUGCCAUUCGACUGAGAUUGUUUCCAUUCUCGCUCAGAGAACGAGCCAAGAGUUGGUUGAACUCCUUGCCACCCAAUUCUAUUGCCACCUGGAAUGAUCUGGCAACAAAAUUCUUGUCAAAGUUCUUUCCUCCAGCCAAGUCUGCAAAGCUGAGAGGAGAAAUCAAUAAUUUCUGCCAACAAGAUAAUGAAUCUCUCCAUGAGGCUUGGGAGAGGUUUAAAGAUCUGAUCAGGAGGUGUCGUCAUCAUGGUAUAGAGAAGUGGAUGCUGGUACACAACUUCUACAACGGGCUGGUUGGUAAUACUAGAACUCUAAUAGAUGCAGCAGCGGGCGGAGCUUUUAUGAGAAAGAGUGCUAAUGAGGCGUAUGAUCUAUUGGAGGAGAUGACUCUAAACAAUCAGCAGUGGCCAACUGAAAGGAGUCAAUCUAAGAAGGUAGCUGGUGUGUUAGAAGUUGAUGCCAUCACAAAGUUAACAGCUCAGGUUGAGGCAUUGACAAAAAUAAUUGCAGGGCAAGCUAAACAAGCCCAAAUUGUUUGUGAGUUAUGUGGAGGAAGUCAUCACUUUUCGGAGUGUCAAGCAGAUGUGGAUGAUUUGCCAAUGGAUGAAGCUAAGGCCAUUGGGAAUUUUUCACAGAACAACAACAACAACAAUUAUGGGUUCAACCAGGGUAACAACCGAAGAAAUAGUGGGUUCUAUCAGCAAAGAAAUCAGAACCAACAGUUCAAUCAGCAACAAGCCUCUGGUGGAAAUUCUAGUUUGCAAACAGAUUUACUGCUCCAGUUUAUGACUGAAACUAGAUCUUCAAUUAAGGACCUGCAGACUCAGAUGGGCCAGCUAGCAACUCAGGUAGCAACCCGCCCUCAAGGAAAUUUGCCUAGCACAACUGAAGUCAAUCCCAAAGAAAACUACAAAGCAAUUACCCUGAGGAGCGGUAAGAAGUAUGAUGGACCUGAGUUACCACAACCAGUUGAGGUAGAUGAAGAAAUAAAUGCUCAACCAGUGCAAACACCAACACCAACAGCAGAGAAGGCUACUGAAAGCUCAGCACUACCACAACAGUCUCCACCUAUUAGCAUUGAUCAUCAUGUGAAAAUACCCUAUCCUCAGAGGCUCAGAAAGUCAAGCUUAGACAAGCAGUUCACCAAGUUUCUAGAAGUCUUCAAAAGACUUCACAUUAACAUUCCUUUUGCUGAAGCUCUAGAGCAGAUGCCAAGUUAUGUGAAGUUUAUGAAGGAAAUUUUGUCAAAGAAGAGGAAGAUGGAGGAUUAUGAGACAGUGGCUCUAACUGAAGAGUGCAGCGCUAUUCUACAGAAGAAACUUCCUCCAAAACUCAGAGAUCCAGGGAGCUUCACUAUUCCUUGUACUAUUGGAAAAAUUGAAGGAAUAAAUGCACUAUGUGAUUUGGGAGCCAGUAUAAACUUAAUGCCUUUGUCAGUGUUUAAAAGACUGCAGCUGGGUGAAGCAAAGCCAACCACGGUAACUCUUCAAUUGGCGGAUCGAUCACUAGCUCAUCCUAGAGGAGUCAUUGAGGAUGUGUUAGUAAAAGUUGACAAGUUCAUCUUUCCAGCUGACUUCAUUGUUCUGGAUAUGGAAGAAGACAGCAAUGUUCCUAUCAUCCUGGGGAGACCCUUCUUGGCAACAGGGAAAACACUAAUUGAUGUUCAGAAAGGAGAGUUAAAGCUGAGGGUACAAGGAGAUGAAGUUGUAUUUAAUGUGCUCAAAGCAAUGACCUACCCUACGGCUAGUGACGACUGUUUUGUAAUUGAUGUGGUGGACCAGUUGGUGGAGACAAAGACGCAUAUCGAAGACCCUCUUAAUCUGACUUUGGUACAAAGGGAGGUGGUGGAACAAGACGGUAAGGAAGCUUAUGAGUAUGCUAUGUGGCUCGACUCUUAUGGACCGCUGAAUAGAAAAUACUAUGAAGAGUUAGGAGUCAUACCAACAAAGCCUACCCCAUCUACUGAAAAGCCUCCUCAAUUAGAGUUAAAAGUCCUCCCGGAUCAUCUCAGGUAUGAAUAUUUGGGAGAAAAUAAGACACUUCCUGUUAUUGUGGCAUCCUCCCUAUCUUCUGUAGAGACAGACAAGCUAUUACGGGUUCUAAGGAAGCAUACGAAAGCCAUUGGAUGGACUUUAGCAGAUAUUAAAGGGAUCAACCCUUCAACUGUAAUGCACAGAAUCUUAAUGGAGGAAGGAGUGAAGCCUACCAUUGAUGCUCAACGAAGAUUAAAUCCACCAAUGAAGGAGGUUGUCAGAAAAGAAGUCUUAAAGUGGUUAGAUGCCGGGGUAGCGUAUCCUAUUUCAGAUAGUAAAUGGGUAAGUCCAGUCCAAGUUGUUCCGAAGAAAGGAGGGAUGACGGUGGUGAAGAAUGAAAAGAAUGAACUCAUCCCAACCAGAACUGUCACGGGAUGGAGAAUUUGCAUUGACUACGGGAAACUCAACAAGGCCACAAGAAAAGAUCACUUUCCACUCCAUUCAUUGAUCAGAUGUUAG